GGUUGAAUAAGGUAUGACGAACUAGACGUCAUAUCAUGAUCAACAGUAAGUUUAAGCAAGUCUAAUGCAAUUACACAAAGAUAGAUCGGGUUGAAUAUUCGGGCAAAUAGCCACCCGCUGUUACAUCUCGUAACCUACCUACUACAUAGGUGGAUAACCUUGAGCUCGCCAUCGAAAUUAGUACAACGUUCGCCUCGAGUGACCUACCUCUUAGUGAAUCUAUUAUUUGCGUCGAGCUGUUAGCUUGCCAUUGUCUAUCGAUCGUCUCACCAACGAACAAUUAUCAAAAUACCACCAAAAACAGACUGGCUCCCAAACCACCCUUUCGCCUCCUAACCCUUCUAUCUCAUCUCCAACCAACCACCUCCACCCGGACUCUCCCAAUCCCAACUCUAACCUCCAACUUCACGACCAUGGCCUGGCGCAGCUCCGGCGCCUCCAACAAGGAGCUAGUCGAGAACCUAUGGCGCAACAAAAUGAUCAAGCAACCCCUCGUCAAAACCGCCUUCCUUAAAGUCGACCGCGCGCACUACGCCCCCUCGUCGCCGUACGAAGACUCCCCGCAGCCGAUCGGCCACGCGGCCACCAUCAGCGCGCCGCACAUGCAUGCCAACGCUGUCGAAUCGCUUCUCCCGUUCCUGCUCCCCAAGGUGUCUUCUGGACCUCAAAGCGCCGAAGGCGUGAAUUCCGUUGAAGGGCAGAAGGGACGACCAAGACGAGUUCUGGAUAUUGGGAGUGGGAGUGGGUAUCUGACGCAUGUGCUGGCGGAGCUGGUGGGGGAGACGGGGGUGGUGGUUGGGUUAGAACAUAUAAAGGAGUUGAAGGAGAUGGGGGAACGCAAUAUGGCGAAGAGCCCCGAGGGUAGGGCGUUGCUUGAGAGCGGACGCGCGAGGUUUAGGUUUGGGGAUGGGAGGAAGGGGUGGAGUGAGCCGAGGCCGACGGCGGCGCAGCCGGGAGUGGGGGGUCCGGCUGUGGAGACUGAGGAUAAGGAUGAGGAGGGUGGAUGGGAUGCCAUUCAUGUGGGGGCUGCGGCGGCGGAGCUGCACGAGGAGUUGGUGAGACAGUUGAGAAGUCCCGGACGCAUGUUUAUACCCGUCGAAGAUGGGGAUGGGUGGGACCAGUAUAUUUGGACGGUGGAUAAGGAUGAGAAUGGAGUCGUGAAGAAGCAGAAAUUGUAUGGGGUGAGGUAUGUGCCGCUUACGGAUGCGCCGACUAGAACGUGAGCGCGUGGAUAAAAGGCAUGAGAGUAAAAGGGUAUAAGGUACAAGGAUAAAGAAGUAUGAGGGUAUAGGAAAGGAAGGGAGGUUACGGUGUCGACUAUCUUUAAGCUGGUGACCUCGAAAUUCUUCGGAAUUGAGCACGUACGCCUAUAGGCUAGGGAAUCUGGGAGACGAGCCUACACAAAGUUGCAUCGAGGUAGGUGUGUGGCUCUGUUUUCGACGUUGGGGAUUGAGCUAAUUGUAGGAUCUAGUCUCGUCUUAUACAGUAGACAAUAGGCGUAAGGAGGCGAUUGGAAGUCAUCGGCGUAUUCUGGUAGUGUUAGUUCUGAGUUGAGCUGUUAUUACCCAAGCAGCUAAGUAAGGCACUAGGUAGUCUAUAGAUUCCCAUUAACAAUCAAGCCUUGCUAGUAGUUGAUUUUAUUACCAAGUAGUUAAU